ACUAGAUGGCAAUAUUUCAGUCCGUCUUCUAUAAUUCAACCUAAUGUCUUAAUCGAAGAAGGGCUUCCCCUACAGUGGGCAUGUGUCCGCUGCAAUUAGCUUGUUUUUGAGUAAUAAAGAAUAUUUACGUCUUUUCUUCGGAUCGUAGCACAUACAUAAAAGGAAGAAGCAUGAGUUCAUGUCGACGACCUGAGCACGCGGCUCCUCCCGAUGUGUUUUACAAUGCAGAUGAGGCCAAGAAAUACUCCCAGAACUCUCGAAUGAUCGAGAUCCAGACUCAGAUGUCAGAGAGAGCCGUGGAGCUUUUGAAUCUUCCAGAGGAUCAGCCGUGCUUCCUGCUGGAUGUGGGGUGUGGUUCGGGGCUCAGUGGCGACUACCUGACCGAGGAAGGCCACUACUGGGUUGGAGUUGACAUCAGCACGGCAAUGCUGGAUGUGGCACUGGACAGAGAGGUGGAAGGAGAUGUUCUAAUUGGAGACAUGGGACAUGGGAUGCCUUUCCGACCAGGAACCUUCGACGGCUGCAUUAGUAUCUCAGCUCUUCAGUGGCUCUGCAACGCUGACAAGCGCACGCACAGUCCUCCUAAGCGACUCUACACCUUCUUCAGUACUCUCUAUUCUUCUCUGUCAAGAGGCGCCCGGGCUGUUUUUCAGCUCUAUCCUGAGAACUCAGAACAGCUGGAACUGAUCACAGCACAGGCCAUGAGGGCUGGCUUCAGCGGCGGCAUGGUGGUGGACUAUCCCAACAGCAGCAAGGCCAAGAAGUUCUUCUUGUGUCUGUUUGCCGGCGUGACAGGCGUCUUGCCCAAGGGUUUGGGUUCCGAAACCUCCGACAAGAACGUCGCCAUCCAAGUUCAGUAUUCAGGACAAAGAUGCCGCUUCAAAAACAUGAAAGGUAAAUCAGCAAAGAAGGGCCGAGAUUGGAUUCUGGAGAAAAAGGAGCGGAGGCGCAGACAAGGACGGGAGGUUCGAGCUGACACCAAAUACACGGGACGUCAGAGGAGACCUCAUUUCUAAUUGUGACUCGCACAGCUGGGCCUUCUUUAACACACACACACGCACACACACACACCCCUAGAUUGUGUGGACUUUAUUCUUUUGAAAAUGGAUGAGAUACUUUUGGACCUUCAUUUUAAUGCCUGGCUGACUGAAGAGACGUGUACAUAAUCCAGAACCAGCAGAAAAAAAUACAUCAUGAAACUCCA